GGCCGCAUGGCCGCUCCAGGGCGCGGCACAGUGCGGCAUUCGUAGGCGUUCGUCCCCGCGUCACAUUACUCCGUUGUUGAUUCGCGUCGUCGACGCGCACUGACGCUUCGCCGUCGUGAACCGUACGACGGUGGGAGUGUGCUUUCAAAAGUCACGAAACGAAAUUGUUCGGAGUUGCACGGAGGGAAAUUAGUGCGAGUGGAAACGUGCGGUAAAACGUCUCGUUUUUCUUGGACACGUCUGCCUGCAUUAGAUCUCGAGGAUUUCACGGUGGGAUAGAGACGUUUUCUCAAGCGCAAGGCGAUGGUACGAUGACCGCUCUUGGGUUUCUCGUGUACGCAUUCGCCGUUGUGGCCGGUUCGCUCGCGUACGCCUAUGACGACGAGUGCAUUUUUCCUCUUUUGGAGAGAGCUCAACUAACAGCGACAACUUCCUUGCCGGAAAGAGGACCGAACAACGCUAGACUACAAGGAGAUUCCGCGUGGUCACCAGAACUUAGCAGUUACAAUCAACAUCUUACUAUGGAGCUGGGGGACAGAUAUGAGAUACGCAGCAUUGCUACGCGAGGGCGGGCACAUACUAAUGAAUACGUGACAGAAUAUAUUAUCCAAUAUUCUGAUGAUGGUCAAGCUUGGGCCAGUUAUGAAAGCCAGGAUGGUGUAGAUGAGAUGUUUAAGGGUAAUGUAGACGGAGACAGGAUAAAACUUAAUAAAUUUGAGGUACCGAUAAUUGCGCAAUGGAUUAGAAUAAAUCCAACACGAUGGCGUGACAGGAUAUCGCUGAGGGUCGAACUUUACGGAUGCGACUAUGUGUCUGACGUCGUUUCCUUUAACGGAUCUUCUCUCGUACGGCUAGAUUUACUUAGAGAGCCUAUCGAGACCGACAGACAUUUUCUACGUUUCCGAUUUAAGACAAACAAUGCUGACGGUGUGUUAAUGUAUUCCCGUGGAACACAGGGUGAUUACAUAGCCUUACAAUUGCGCGACAACAGGAUGUUGCUUAAUAUCGAUCUCGGAUCCGGUAUUAUGACGAGUCUAUCCGUUGGCAGUCUUCUGGACGAUAACAUGUGGCACGAUGUUCUAGUCUCACGCAACCGGAAAAAUAUUUCGUUUUCUGUCGACAGAGUAUUGAUUAAGGGUAGAAUAAAAGGGGAGUUUCAUCGACUGGAUUUAAAUCGAGAGCUCUACAUCGGCGGUGUGCCUAACAAACAGGAUGGUUUGGUGGUGAAUCAAAAUUUCACCGGUUGUGUAGAGAACUUUUAUCUGAACUCAACGAAUAUAAUUCACGAGUUGAAGGAAACGGAAAUCAUAGAUGAGAAUUUGCGAUAUUACAAGAUUAACACGCUUUACACGUGCCCGGAACCUCCAGUGAUACCCGUCACAUUUUUAACUCCUGGAUCUUUCGCCAGGCUGAGAGGCUACGAAGGCGUACCGUCUAUGAACGUCUCUCUUGCGUUUCGAACGUACGAAGAGAGAGGCAUAAUCCUUUACCAUCAAUUCACGACUCCGGGUUAUGUCAAGCUAUACUUGGAAGAAGGUAAAUUGAAAGUCGACGUACAAACGAACAGCAACCCACUCGCGAUUUUGGACAACUUUUACGAGAAAUUCAACGAUGGGAAAUGGCAUCAAAUAAUUUUGACGAUCGCCAAAAAUUCACUCGUUUUAAAUGUCGACGGGCGUCCGAUGAAAACGGAGCGUCUCCUGGAUAUGAUGACCGGAUCGUAUUAUUUGAUCGGCGGUGUGACUGGCGGUGUGACCGGAGCGGGGAGUUUUACGGCUCCCAAUUACGGCUUUGUUGGUUGUAUGAGAAUGAUAAGUAUCGAUGGGAAUUAUAAAUUGCCGACCGACUGGAAGGAGGAGGAGUACUGCUGUAAGAACGAAGUUGUCUUCGACACCUGUCAGAUGGUAGAUCGCUGCAAUCCAAAUCCUUGCAAACAUUCCGGUGUUUGCCGUCAAAAUUCUGAUGAGUUCUUCUGUGAUUGUGCUAAUACUGGGUACGCCGGCGCCGUCUGUCAUACUUCGUUAAACCCCCUAUCAUGCGAGGCAUAUAAGAAUAUGAAUCCGGUAAAUCAGCGUGCGGAAAUUAAAAUCGACGUGGACGGGAGCGGGCCCUUGAAGCCUUUUCCUGUCACUUGCGAGUACUUCGCCGAUGGCCGCAUACUGACGGUUUUACGUCACAGCAACGAGCAUUCGACUCCCGUCGAUGGAUUCGAGGAGCCUGGUAGCUUUAUACAGGACGUUAAUUACGACGCUGACCUUGAUCAAAUAGAAGCUUUGUUAAAUCGAUCUAUAAGCUGUAGACAAAGGAUAAAUUAUUCGUGCAAACAUUCCAGGUUAUUCAAUUCCCCAGUUGCUCAAAACGAUUACUUUAGACCGAAUUCGUGGUGGGUGAGUCGGAAUAAUCAAAAGAUGGAUUACUGGGGUGGCGCAUUGCCCGGGUCGCGAAAGUGCGAAUGUGGUAUACUUGGAAAUUGCGCGGAUCCUACCAAGUGGUGCAACUGCGACGCCAAUUUGGAAGGAUGGUUAGAGGAUGGUGGAGAUAUUACAGAGAAGGAAUAUCUUCCCGUUAAACAAUUACGUUUCGGCGACACGGGUACGCCGCUGGACGAAAAAGAGGGUCGUUAUAUGUUAGGCUCGCUCAUUUGCGAGGGUGAUGAUUUGUUCAAGAAUGUAGUCACAUUCCGCGUAAAAGACGCUACUAUCAAUUUGCCGACCUUCGAUAUCGGCCAUAGCGGCGAUAUUUAUUUCGAGUUUAAGACCACUGUCGAAGAUGCUGUGAUGAUUCAUAGCCAAGGACCCACCGAUUAUAUCAAAGUUUCCAUAAACAGCGGAAAUCAGAUACACUUCCAGUACGUGGCCGGUGGAGGGCCGCUUACCGUUAGCGUACAAACAUCUUACAACUUGGCGGACGAUCGGUGGCAUUCUGUGUCAGUGGAAAGAAAUCGCAAGGAGGCGCGAAUUGUCAUCGACGGGGCGCUGAAGAACGAAGUGCGAGAACCUCCGGGUCCAGUGCGAGCGUUGCAUCUUACCUCGGAUCUCGUGGUGGGUGCUACGGAAGAUUACAGGGACGGAUUUGUCGGUUGUAUAAGAGCGCUACUUCUCAAUGGUAAAUUGCAAGACCUAAGAAGUUACGCUCGGCGCGGAUUGUACGGCGUUACGGAAGACUGUGUCGGCAGAUGCGAGAGUAACCCUUGCCUUAACAAUGGCACGUGCCAUGAAAGAUACGACGGAUACUGGUGCGACUGCCGGUGGACCGCGUUUAAGGGACCAAUUUGUGCGGACGAGAUUGGCGUGAACAUGCGACCUAGUUCGAUGAUAAAAUACGAUUUCAUGGGUAGCUGGCGUUCCACCAUCGCUGAGAAGAUACGCGUCGGCUUUACGACGACGAAUCCGAAAGGAUUUCUAUUGGGUCUGUUCUCCAAUAUCUCUGGAGAAUAUAUGACUAUAAUGGUUUCAAACAGCGGACAUUUACGCGUAGUAUUUGACUUUGGCUUCGAACGGCAGGAGGUCAUAUUCCCGAUGAAGCAUUUCGGUUUAGGGCAGUAUCACGAUAUCAGGAUCGGCAGGAAAAAUUCAGGUGCCACUUUGGUAAUGCAGGUCGAUAAUUACGAGCCGCGGGAGUUCAAUUUUAAUAUAAAGAAUUCUGCGGACGCGCAAUUCAACAAUAUUCAGUACAUGUACAUCGGCAAGAACGAAUCUAUGACGGAGGGAUUUGCGGGCUGUAUAUCGAGGGUUGAAUUCGACGAUAUAUAUCCACUGAAACUACUCUUCCAAGAGAAUGGACCUAUCAAUGUGCGCUCACUUGGUACUCCUUUGACCGAAGACUUCUGCGGGGUCGAGCCGAUCACGCAUCCGCCAUAUAUUUUGGAGACACGGCCACCGCCUCAAGUAGACGAAGAAAAAGUGAGAGCUGCGUACAACGAGACUGACACAGCUAUUUUGGGAAGUGUACUAGCGGUUAUUCUGAUCGCACUUGUGAUUAUGGCGAUCCUUAUAGGCAGAUAUAUGUCUAGGCAUAAAGGCGAAUACUUGACGCAAGAGGAUAAGGGUGCUGAAAUUGCCCUAGAUCCGGAUUCAGCGGUCGUAAAUUCUGCCACCGGUCAUCAAGUCCAGAAAAAGAAAGAGUGGUUUAUUUAAAAACUGAAAUGCGUCAUAUUAGAGAUGCAUCAUAUUAGAGAGAAGUAACGAAGUACACAUUAACUUAAUAUAAAAUUAUAUCUUUGCUAAGGAUAAAAUCUCUUUUGCUCCAUUCAAUUAUUAUCUUUUUAUAUAUAUUAUAAUUUUAUGUCAGAGAUAUAUCAUGUGAUAUAUCACAAAAGUAAAAGUCAAAAAACCUGGCCAAAACUUAAAAAAAAAAACGAAAUUUUUGCAUUCAGUUAUGAGAUCCGUAUUAUAUAGUUUUAUUAAAUGGUUUUUAAUUAUAAGUCCGAUUGUUAAUUCUAUUUAAAAAUUAUUUUUAUACGUAUAGUAUUGUCUCCCGCUUCUGGAGGAUUUAACAGUAUUAUAAAGAGGCCUAACGAAUUUUAAAACGAUAAAAAAUAUUUUGUCACUAUCUCUAUAAUAGUUUCCAAGCUUAUAUGAAUCAUACUAUAAAUUUAGAUUAAGAAAAUGCUCAGAAAUCACAAUUAUAUUUCGUAGAAUUAAAUCUGAGUUUUGGCUAGCUUUUUUGGAUCUUAUUUUACCAUAUAACAUUCAUAAUUUCUAAACUGUCAUUCCAUAUUUCUUUGUUAAUGCAUUUCUCGCAACUCUGCAUAAUAUAACUGCCGUUAUAUCAGAAACUCCUUUUAUAUAAAGUGCAAUUACAAUAGUAAAUGUGAAUGAUUUUCAUUUUUACAUUUUGCGUACAUUCAUUCGUUCAUUCAUUGUGCGAAUGAGAAAAAGAAUUAAGAGAUUACGUUAUAUAAUUAUCAUUUCCUGAUUGGGGCGUGGUCGUUGUACGUUUCAAAUGCGUUUUCAAUGGAGCAUAAAAGAGUGUUUUAUGUAACAUAAAUAGAUUUUCCAUGUACAAAGCUAUCCUUACUACAGAUAAACUACUUAUGUAUUUCUUUUCUAUAUGUGUUUCGUUUUUUCUUUCUUUUUUUUUAUAUAAUACGCAGUAUUAAUCGAAAUGUCUACCGUCCAAAGUGCGUUUAACACUUUUGUUUAGAUUUAUUUUAUUUUCAGUUGUUUAUAUGAUUAUUUUACAGAUUUUUUUUUACAUAAUCUGCAAACUCACUGUAGUAAUUUAAUAUUAAUAUAGUGUUAAGGGUAAUAAUUGUAACGAUAACAAUAACAGAGCAGAAACGAUAAUAACGGUAAUGAAGAUAAUAAUUGUAUACUAAGCAUGUAAUACAAAACGAAAUUGUACAUAAGUCAUUUUUAUACGAAUAGCACAUUCGUUAUUUCUUGCUAUUAAAUCGAUAGUACAACGAUUGUGUUGAACAGAAAACAUGCAUUUUUCACGGUUCUGUACGAACAAAUUGCUAAUACAAAUAAUAAUACUCGAGUUGAAAAAAAAAAUGAAUCUAUAAUGAUCUGAAGAAUGAACAUGUGUCUUUUAUAUUGAGAACAAAAUUAAAUAAAAAUAAAUCAUGUAUGCGGUCCAUCCUUGUGUUUUUUUUUAUCGAAACAUUUUAGUGCUUGAUGCAUGUUUUAAAAGAUGUUAUUAAAAUUUUCCAAAAAAUCGAGACGAAAUCAGUGAUUUAGAUUUCAAAUGUCUUCUCCGUAAAUACUCAAUUACUUACCGAUAUUAUUUAUAACGUUUACUUACGGUUCAUCUGGCAGGCUCGCUCAAUCGGGUGACGUUGCAUCCAAGUGCGCGAAACGCAACUGCAAGUUUCUGCAAAUCAACAUUAUUAUGCGGGAGAAACACGUCAUGUGGAUAUACUUCGUUUUAAAUCAAUACAGUACGGAAGAAAUCGAUGAAUGCUGAGCGAAUGAACUUUUAGGCACGUAAGCUGUAUUUACACGUGUACUUGUCAAAAACAACUGGUCGAAAUAUUUAAACAUUAAAAUACAAUAACUUUCGUAAAAGAA